AUGGCUCAACCUGAACCAAACGAUACUUUUCUUCAGCAGGUGUUUCAUAGGGUAGAUACCGAUCGAUCAGGUUCUAUAUCAGCAAAUGAACUUCAAGCAGCAUUGUCUAAUGGUACAUGGAGUCCUUUCAAUCCUGAAACCGUAAGAAUGAUGAUAGGAAUGUUUGAUCGAGAUGGAUCAUCGACUAUUGAUUUGGAUGAAUUUCGUCAUCUUUGGAAAUAUGUAUCAGAUUGGGAGAAAUGUUUUAGAAAAUAUGAUUUGGAUGGUAAUGGUUCUAUUGAUAAACAUGAACUCAAGACUGCAUUGAGCUCAUUCGGUUUUCGUCUAUCCGAUCAAUUUUAUGAUUUACUAAUAAGAAAAUUUGAUCGAACUGGUCGUGGUACAGUUGCUUUUGAUGAUUUUAUUCAAGCAUGCGUUUCUAUUCAAACAUUAACCAACGCCUUUCGUCACCAUGACCAUUAUCAAACUGGCCAAAUAACCAUUGGUUAUGAAGAUUUUUUAACGCUUGUUUUUUCACUUAAAAUGUAA